ACCCACUUGUUCCAUCUCUAAUUUAUACGCAGUACAACCUUGAUUCCAAAAUUAGGGUUUCUAAAUUUGGAUUAUCUGAUUCGCGCAAAGAAAAGGGGGAAAUUUCGUCCCAUCUCUAAAUUCAUCGACCUGCUGAAAAUUUAGUUUUUUCGUUACCGAAAGGAUCAAUAGAAACCAAAUAUCCAACAAAAAAGACAAUGUCAUCAAGAAAUCGAGGCCCUCCAAUCCCCGCCAAAGGCGGGCCACAUGGUGGGCCACCCCCGCUCCACCCCCACCCCCACCCCCACGAACAACCCCCCUUCGGCAGAGCCCUUAGGGGCGGCAACGUUCAGCAUCCAACGUUAAACGAAGAAAUGCGAGAAGCGCAUUACAGUUUGUCCGGCCAAAGACAACAGCUCCCUCCUCACCCUGCAAUAAUGGAGGAGCGUUUGGCGGUUCAACAUGACGAUAUCCAAGCCCUAUUGGUCGAUAAUCAGAGAUUGGCCGCAACACACGUGGCGGCAGGGGAAGAAUUGGAGGUUUCACAGUACGAGAUUCAACGGGCGGACAAGUACGCGCGCACGCUCCACGCGGAGAACGACUCGCAGAUGAGGGAACUUUUCGAGAAAUCGGUUAAGAAGGAGAAAGAAGUCCACGCUGCUCCUGCUAUGAAGUCCGAGCUUAUGCAGGUGCACAAGGAUUUAAAGGAGUUGAGUGCCGUUAAGCAAGACCUUAGCACGCAGGUUCAAAUGAUGACUCGUGAUUUGGGUAGGGUUACCUCGGAUUUGCAGCAGAUUCCGGCGGUUAAGGCGGAGAUCGAAGGUUUGAGACGUGAGUUGGAGCGAGCUAGGGCUGCUAUUGAGCAUGAGAAGAAAGGAUUUGCGGAAAGCUUUGACCAUGGUAAGGUGAUGGAGAAUAAACUAGUGACGAUGGCUAGAGAGAUGGAAAAAGUUCGAGCCGAAUUGGCUAAUGUCGAAAAGAGAGCUCAUGUUGCUCCGCCAAUUGGGAAUCCAGGUGUGAAUUAUAACGCUAAUUAUGGGAACCCCGAGAUGGGGCAUCCUGGAUAUCCGUAUUCUGUCGGUUACGGCAUGAUGCCCCCAAAUGCAAUGCAUUACCCGGCGCCAGCUGGCGCAGAAGGUUAUCCACAGUACGGACCUGGGCCUGGUGCUUGGGGUUCUUAUGAUCAGCAACGAAAUCAAGGAUCUAGAUAAGAGUAAUUUUACUUCCUUCACAGUUUCAGUGUUUGUAUUUACAGAAUUACAUAAAAUUAUAUAAUGAGUUUUUUUUAUUGAAUUUUCGGUGAGAACACACACAAGUCGGAUAUAGUAGUUUUUUUUAAUAUAUAAUUAUUCAGCCGAAGGAAAAACGUAACGGUCUCAUUGUUUUUUCGUCUCGAGACCAAUGUUAUUUGAAGUGAAACUGAAUGAAAUAAGGAUUUUUGGUAA